ACGGUUUUCAGCUCGAAGGGUCCAAGAAGAGCGAAGUCAGAGAGAGACAAAUGGGUUUGAAGAUUCUUCCCUCUUUCUGAAGCUUUACAUCCCUCUAAGGUCUCCCCAGAUCUCAGUUUUUCGAUACGUACACAAGACACAAGUUAAGGUUUUUUUCUCCUUCCAUAUUUUGCUUUGCUUGAAAUUUAAUGGAUUUCCAGAAAAAAAGGGUCCAAUUCCUGCUCUUCGCCAUAGGCAUCAUCGCUCUCAGCAUCACAGCUGAAAAAUGUCGACAGCUGGUUGGAGAAGAGGCUUCAUCUCAGAGCGGGAAAUUUACAUUCUUGAACUGUUUCGAUAUGAGCACGGGAACACUGGCAUGCACUGUGAAAGAGGGAGUGAAACUCUAUUUCUACAACAUCAGGUCCGCUCAUGUUGAGAGAGCGAGGCAUCGGGCAAUAGAAUCUGUGCUGGUUGAUUCAUUGUCACAGGGGAUGUCUGCUGCAGAUGCUGCGAAACAUGCGCAAAAAGAAGGAGCAAAAGCAGCCAAGCUAGCAACCCGGAAAGCCAAGCGAAUAAUAGGUCCCAUAAUUUCUUCUGGGUGGGACUUUUUCGAAGCUCUAUACUAUGGUGGUACGAAGACCGAAGGUUUCCUUAGAGGCACCGGCACUCUUUUUGGCACCUAUACUAUUGGAUUCCUAGGGGAGCGAAGGUUUGGGAGAUUUGGCUAUCUUGUGGGAAGUCAUUUGGGGAGUUGGAUUGGAGGUAGGAUAGGAUUGAUGGUGUAUGACGUGGUUAAUGGAGUACAUUUUCUGCUUCAAACUGUUCGAAGUGAAGAAUUCGAAGCUGAUAGAGCUCCUGAAUAUGAAAGUUCCGAAGCUUCAGAGAACUCUUAUGCCUAUGAAGCUCCUUCAUAUGCUAGUCCUGAAGCUUCGGAAGGGUCCGGUCCCUAUGAAACUCCAACCGAAGAAUCUCCAUUCUACGAGAAUACUGAAACAUAUGUAAAUACCGAAUUGAGGUGACAACGCAAUGAGUUUGUAGCUUGAUUCUUUGUGCAAAAUUUUAUGGACCAUAGAUAUUAUAUGAGCUAGAUUCCUCGCUAAAACAUCUGUAUCUUUUGAUUAGUCAUACGAGUGCAAACAUCAACUUUCGUUAUAGUCUCUUAGAAUUCAUGUCCGAUGUAAACGAUAUUAUUUUCUUUCAUUUAUUGUUUUAAAAUAAAAGAUCCUUAACACUA